AGCUCAGCCUCGAAACCAGUUGCUACAAUAUCAAUAUAGAAAUGCUCAAACAUUUUUUCGCAUUAAGGUAGCAAGUGCGCAUACCUAAUUACUUUAUCCAUACAUAUGGCACGACGAAGAAGACCGCCGCGCGCCGGCGCCAUUUCCGAGUUACCACCCUUAAAGAUCCUCAGCCAAAUUAUAAUCCUCCAAGUGCUCUGGUAUGUUAUCGGGACGGCCUUGAUACUCUUCACCGCACUGGUUGCUGGGAAAGCCUUUUCUUUCGAUCUGGUACUGAGUUGGAGGAGUUUAAGGGGUGAUACAACUGUUGGCUGGAUGUUAGGAUUUGUUUGGAUGUUGAAUAGUUUUAUAGGAGUUAUCUCCCUCCUCCUUCUUGUUUCGCGCUCCAAACUUAUCCCUGAUUUCGCCAUAACCAUCCAUUUCCUGCAUCUCCUAAUCACGUCCUUCUAUUCGCACUCCGUCCCCCGCAAUUGGCUUUGGUGGGCUUUACAAUUCGCAUCUGCGUCUCUCAUGACCUUCUUAGGCAUAUGGAGUUGUCAAUGGCGAGAAUUGCGCCCUAUAAAUUUUGGUACGAAUACAAAUACUGCUCAAAACAAUACGAAUACUGUUACAGAUAGUACUGGUAUGGAGAGAGAUAUUAGUGCCGGCAUGGAAGGAGAAGAUGACGCUACAAAGGAUAUAGAACAAGGAUAUGGAAGGGGCAGAGGAAGGGGUAGAGGGAGAGACGGUGCUGGAGAUUAUGAGAUGGUUGGUAUGGGAGUAAAGGCAGAUGAGAAUAUUAACCCUGGUUGAAGAAUAGAGAAGAGGGUGCUAUCGGUUUGUCGUUUGGAUCUGGACUUGGGCGCAUAGACAGGAAGCAAUUGUACGGAGGCGUUUUGGAACUCGGCACUAAAGAUGUAUUAUUAUUGAUGCAUAGCGGCAGAAUAGGCACUGCAUUGUAACAAAAGAAUAUAAAGAUACCCAAGGCAGGUUCAAUGGUU